GUGUUUUUCUCCUACCAGCCUGCUCGCAUAUGCCGUAGAUGUCUUUACAUUUCCAGCCAUAUCAUGAAUACGGAUCCUUGGUGCAGCUGAUGGUAAUUGCAGUUCGCUAAGGAUCGUGAAGGACGUACGUGUAACUUGUGAGUAUUAGGAUGUCGUUUAGCGGUGUCGAGGGAAGUCAUUUCUUCGACGGAUCUAUUUGAAAUAUUGGCAGCUAGUCAAUUUUGCAGUCCCCAAGUAAUAGCGCUUUACUGAGUGGGGAUAUUGUUGGGAUUAUGUUUCCGAAACUCGUCCAUCGGGUUACGCAUUUAUUGUAUGGGUGUAGUUCCGCUGACGGGCUUACGGGCUAAUGCGCGGGAGUGAAAGAAGACCAUAUACCGAAUCGAGAAAUAUAAAAAUAGUACAUAACCUUUUUAUAUGCAUUUAAAAACACAAUCGGCUGUACUUCUACGGCAGGAAGAACAUAUCCUGGCUAAACCUACCGGAUUUUGGGGGUGUCAUCCUGUGAAAGUCACAGAAGAGUUCAAUCAUAUCAUAUACAUUAGGUUAGCACCUCAGUGGUUUAUAGUCCAGGCCAUGUACGCACAGAUUGGGGGUGUCCGCCCCCUCCCGGGAUCACGUUCUAGGCGGUGCUGACCUCAGAUUCUGCCGCCCUGCCUACUGUAAAAAAAAAGGCUCGCAUUUUGCUCUCGGGUGUACUUUUCGACGAAUCGGCUGUACUUUUGCAACGAUCCCGCAGCGGUCGGAUACGCGUACAAUUAGCGGGAGUAUGGAAACGUCAUUGUUGCAAGACGAUACGCUUCAAUACGGACGUUACAAAAUUAAUAUCUGCUUUUGAAAAGCAGAACAGGGUUAUUAGGAGAGUUAAAGCUCCUAGGCCCACCUGUGAUGUAAAAUAGAAAACUGCAUGCCAAGCAAGGAUUUUACAAUGAGAAAUAGGCGUGUUUUGAGUGUAGGUGUCUGGAAUACAGCAUUUAAUAUUGAAAUGUGCACAGAAAUACUGGAAAUUAUUGGCAGAGGGACGAAUGCAUCACAGGAAAAGUGGUGUUUUUAGAUGGGGAGGCUUCACGACAAAAGACACAUUCUGUACAUUAUUUUACGUAUAAUGUUCAUGCAUCACAAAUGGCACGUCAAAUUCAGUUUUACAUAUAUGGAACACGUUAGGAUUGCAACAUCCGUUGUGACUGAAGUUAGGUCGGUCAGGUGAACUCGUAUUCCAUGUGUCAAGAGGGCCCACGUAGACUGUGCAUCCGUCGUGACUGAGGUCGGGCGAAUACGUAUUCCAUGUGUCGAGAGGGCCCACGUAGACUGUGCAUCCGUCGUGACUGAGGUUAGGUUAGGUCAGGUGAAUACGUAUUCCAUGUGUCGAGAGGGCCCACGCAGGCUAUGCAUCCGUCGUGACUGAGGUUAGGCUAGGUCAGGCGAAUACGUAUUCCAUGUGUCGAGAGGGCCCGCUCAGGCUGUGCAUCCGUCGUGACUGAGGUUAGGCUAGGUCAGGCGAAUACGUAUUCCAUGUGUCGAGAGGGCCCGCUCAGGCUGUGCAUCCGUCGUGACUGAGGUUAGGUUAGGUCAGGCGAAUACGUAUUCCAUGUGUCGAGAGGGCCCACACACGCUGUGCAUGCGUCGUGACUGAGGCGAGGCUAGGUUAGGUCAGGUGAAUGCGUAUUCCACGUGUCGAGAGGGCCAACGCAGACUGUGCAUCCGUCGUGACUGAGGUUAGGUUAGGUCAGGAGAGUACGUAUUUCAUGUGUCGAGAGAGCCCGCGUUGACUGUGCAUCGAUCGUGACUGAGGUUGGGUUAGGUCAUGCGGAUACGUAUUCCAUGUGUCAAGAGGGCCCACGUAGACAGUGCAUCCGUCGUGACUGAGGUUAGGUUAGGUCAGAAAAAUACAUAUUGCUUGUGUCAAAAGGGCUCAUGUACACUGUCUCCGUCGUGACUGAGGUUAGGUUAGGUCAGGUGAAUACGUAUGCUGUGUAUCGAGAGGGCUCUAUGUCAGAGUAUUGGGCAUCAAAAUCUGCGACUGUAUGCAAGAUACCGUUCUUUGCGUGUCGGUGAGGAUGCGGCCCAACCUGAACACGUUGAUGUUCGUGGUUUUGGAAUGGAGCACAUGCGAAGUGUCGUCUGCUACACGUGUUUACGUCCUUUGGCGAAAUCGGUGUUUAAUCAUAGUUUCUUCCUAUAAUGUUACGCGUCAUUUGUAAUAGAUUUACGUUUUAAUUACAUAAAAAACGUUGAAAACUGAAAGAAUUGAGUUUUACAUUUUUGAGUUUGUGUCAUACUUUGGCCGUUUUGGUUCCGUGGGAAUGGUGGCGCUGAAGUAGUAGGAUAGGGGUUAGAGAUAGAUCACGAUAAUUAUCCGUUUUGGAAAGAGAUAGAAUUGGAAAAAAUUUCGUAGCAAAAUUCACGAAUUUUGCAAAUGGAUGAUAAUUUUUCGUUUCUAAAAUUGCAUGUAGACACCCGACGGAUAUCUUAUUUCUGUGUAUUUCAUGAUUUUGGUUUUGUUUUUGUGGUUUUCUUGCUAUUUUUUGUCUCUAGAAGCUGCGGGGUUGAUGCUAAAGUUUUUCCGAGUUUUCGAGGUUAGUAUCUCAGUGAGUUAUAGUCGAGGCCAUGUACGCACAGAUAGGGGGUGUCCGCCUCCUCCCCGGGUCACGUUCGAGGCGGUGCUGACCGCAGAUUCUGCCGCCCUGCCUACUGUCAAAAAUUGCGAAUCAUAUUGAAGAAACUCGCGGCAAAAUUUGUAUAAGUUUCACAUGGCAUUCCGCGUCCAUCCUUGUUUCAUCCGUUACUCUCUGUUCUUUCUGUUAAAAUCAUUCGUUCUUUUCUGGUUAUUUCUCCUUGGUGAAGAAGGUCAUAAGCCCGUCUACGAAACUAGAACCAAUUUUAUCCUCGGAAUUGGACUCGUACGUGUUCAAGGCCUUAGGUAGCGCUUUCGCCACUAAGCAUCAAAUUAUCGUCUUCAUUAUAAAAAUUAAAACGAUAUCUAGAUGUGGUGUAUCGCGCAUUCGAAAGACCGAUGAUGAGAUAUUGCUGUAGCCCUGCAUUAUCAUUUGCCAGCCUUGCACCCCCAGCAUAAAUGUGAUACAUGCUUCAGAUCACGUAAGUCUGGACUAUGCAGAGAAAAUUGCACCAACGGAUGGUGGUGUUCAUGGAGCUGCUUGCCGUAGUCAGCCAUGCUCAGGCAGGCAAUGUCACGACUGUCACAUGGGGUAGCGUGCGUCCUAUAGAUACUCACAGGGAACUGUGCCAACAUUUGCCUUAAAGCAUCUCAACCCAGGGAAAACACCCAGAGAGCACAGCCGGCGCCCGGAUUUGAACCGGGGCCACCUCCAGUCCUCGGCCCUGAAUACCAUCAUCGUAACCACUAGGCCACGGGAGCUGAUGAAUCACCCAUAGAUUGAGAAGUUACCCGUCAAAAGGAACUCGUUACAAGUUAAGUUACCAUGUGCAAAAUAUAACUAAGUUAAUAACGAAGUUCGUCAGCCUGAAAUGUAACUUGCAGUUACUGAGUUACUUAAAAAAAAGAACAAGUUACUUCCAAGUUACUUCGGACACAAAAUAGCAUUACGCAGGUGCAGCGCGCGUGAGCAGUUGAGUUAGACCUUCAGUUGCCUGCGGAGGAGUGCAACAAGCUUAGAUCGUUUUCGUUUAUGUCCAACAAUAGACCUCUCCCUGUUUGUAAACAAAUGACGUCAUAGUGUUCGACAGCGCCAGAAAUUUGGUAGAAUUGAACUGCGCUCGAAGCUAGAGGUGAACAAGGUCGCGCCCGAAAGCCACGCUCUUGAUGGGAUUACGAUAUGGUACUUUAAAGGGACGCGACCCUCGGUCCUGCUUUUCUUUCAGAGGGAGGCAGCGAACAAAUGCCCGUUCGUGGAACCCAGCCCUCUCUUUCAGAUUUGUUUCGGUUUCAGUCUGUCUGCCAAUGUCAUGAUGAAUCUUCUGUGGUAGAGGUCUAUUCGAACGCUUUGCAUCUUACUCCCUGUGGGCGCACAAUGGUUCAGCUUCAUUUCAUUGGCAGCGGUUCUUACUUCCUGAAUAAAAUACUGUCAUUGAUUGAACAUCACGUUUCAUAGCAAAAAAUGCCAUGAAGGAACCGGAGAGAAAGCAAGAAAAUAUGUGGACGUGAGUGGAAAGCGAGUUAAAAGUAACUUGGAACUUAACAUAAGUUACUUUGGCAAAGUUACCUGAAAAAGGAACGAGUUCCACUGAAAGUUACCACGGCGCAAAAGUACCGAGUUAAGUUACAAGUUACCAAAAAAGGGAACUUAGUUACAGUAAUGAGUUACUUGUAACGAGUUACCUCGAACUCCGGAAUCACCGUGACAUAUGAUCAGCAGGACAUAGGCUUUUAGCAUUAAGUAUCAAUAAGGCCAGUAGGAAAAGUCGUUGUGUCAUUGGGGAACCGAAGACGUGGGGUCCUCCGAAUUCGCCUAAAACCGAUCAGAGCCGUUUUCGAAAGGGUCAAACAACCUACUCAGAAAAUAGUUCACCUCGAGGAGUGUCUGAUGAACCGAGUCUCGCGUACAAAAAGGCCAAGCGGUAGCACCUCGCCAAAAGGAAAGAGGUGCCUGAGGAGAAUAGGACUGCAUCCCGCGAGGGUAUUUGCAAAUAUGUGGAGCGCGACGAGAUGUCAUUUGGAGCGAUUGGUAUCGGAGUCACUAUAGAGGGACAAGGUGAAGGAGCUGGGGAAACACGCGACUCCGGUUCCUAAUGCUGUUCAAAAGGGUCAUGUCAUAUACUUUGGUAUGGUGUCAUCCCCCCCCCCCCACCCUAAAUGAAAAUCCAGGGAACAUUCCUGCCAUGUGCUGUUUAUCCAUGGAAGUUUUCCAUGGGAGCGAGAAUGCAAGGUAUGAUAAGCCGAACUAGCUGUUGUAAUACGUUAUUUAGUUUCAGCACAGGAUGACAGGUGAACACUUAAACGAAGUGGAGCUGACGUGUAGUGGAGAGGAGUGGUGCACAUUACUUCACAGUAUAUUUUCCAGAUAUGCUUGUUCUCGUCCAUGGUACCAACUUUGACACGCAGUACCUUGAAGGUAAUAUCUUCUGGUAGUAACAUUGUAGCGCAGUGAUUGCUCGUGCACUGCAGCUUGUCAGUAAACGCACUAACACGAUAAGGUAAUAACGGUGCUUGCUUUAGCGUCAGACAUGUGAACGGUGAGCUGUAUUAGAUGUUACGUCACCACGUCUGGUAAGUGCCUCGUCACUAUACAGCAUUCCGGGGUAAGUAAUCAGACAGCGCUUUGCUAUUCUUCCAGGACAGUUUUAGUCUACUGCUUUACUUGUUUUUGUUUCUUUUUUUUUUCUUUCUUUUUUUCAGUCAUGCUGUGCUCUUGCUUCUGCUUCAAAGUCACUUCUGUACAAAAUUUUCCUAAUAAACGAUUCCAAACAAACGUCUCUGACGUAGUUAUCCUAUCACAUUACAUCACUAAUACUUUCACUCGUGGAAACCAUUGCGCGAUAGCUUUUAGUGCUAAACAUCAUUUUCAGAGCCUCUGACUCCAAUUUUCUGUGUGCAUAAUGCUGUGUUGGGCCGCAUACCCACAUGCGGGCAAUGCCUGCGGUAUAACGCGAACCCGGCGCGGUAAACCCUUGCCGCGAGCAUUUAUAUGUCAAAGGGUCCAACGUGGUGGAGGGUACAACGAGCUGGAGGAUCCAACGCUGCAUCCUUCCGCUCGUUGUAUAGUUUGACACGUUGGAUCUUUCAGCACGUUUGGACCCUCCUGCUCGUUGUAUACUCCAACACGAUGGAUCUCUCAGCACGUCUGGAUCCUUUACCUCUUUGGAAACUUCUUCACGCGUCCCCCUAUACUUUGCGGGAAAGAUUAAUACCGCAAUCGCCGCCGGCGAUGAAAUUCCCCGCCCAAUAUCCUGAAAUAGUUGUUUUUGUUAAUACCGCAAUAAACACAUGGCCAAGAAACAUUGCGCGCGUGCGGUUGGGGACUAUAUGCAUCGGUUGUAUGCACAUCACUGCGAACGGAAAGCGCGGAUACGCACGGAGCCGUAAAUCAAAAUGAAUGGUAGCAUUCGUGUGUGUUAUUCAUACCUGGCUGAAUGUCAUUAAAUUACAAGGAAUGUAAUUGAGGAAUGCCAUUGCACAGCCAUUACUGCCAGCCAGCCUAAUGGCCACGAUAUGUUUAUAUUCGUUUUAAUGCAGCUACUUUUAACUGCUCCACCACGUCAUGGUUUUUUGCGCAUUAUGUUCCUGUUGUGUAUAUUAUUUAUUGUGCCCCCCCCCCCCCCCCAAUUAAGGCUCUACUUCUCACUUUACUUUUAUGGAGUUCUCCGUCAGCAGUUAGUCAGAGCUGGAGUAGCAAUACUUCCAGCGAGUUUCCUCGCUGGUCAGUGAAAUGACGAUUCCAUGAUAGCGUGCGCCGCUUAGAACCGAAGCCGUGGCCCGUCGUCAUACUGUCUUUGAUAUCUUGCCGGACAUUCGUGUCACAAUCUGAAAAGCGGACGUCAACGGCCGACAACGCUUCGUCGUAUGCCUGACGGGGCCGCUUUCGACUUCGUCGAAUUUCUGUCCGAAUUUGAUACAAAAACCUGUUGCCCAGAACUUGAGAAGCUGUGGCAUCCUCUUGUGGUGUGCAGCUGUGCGGUGUCCUCGGAUUGUCAGGGUCCGUAACCAACACCCAGUUCUCAACAUAUGAUUUGGGCAACCGGGCAUCGCUCUCUUUCCUCCCUGGCAGAUUUGCUGGCCUUGUAGCAUGCUAUGCACCGAUAGUAGCUGAUUGAAAAGUCUCUCGGAUGCUUUGAUUUGAACGAAAACUCCAGUAUAGAAUUCGUCCAUCUCCUGCAUUGGUACUUAAUGAUGUCGUGGGUCCUAUUGUGGGAGGGCUAAUACGUCGGGGCACUCCAGUUGGAAUUCAUACAGAAACGGUAGAUGCGCACAAGCCGACCACCACAACCAAAUUAAGCAGAAGGGCAGUGGUCGUAAGGUGUUUAGCCGAUGAAUCGUCUUCAAACAAUGAAGUCGACGCGUGUGACCUGCGUAGGUGGCAUGUAAGACAUUCGGGAGGAAAUACUCCAAAGGGCAGAGGGGCCGACAUUGUGAAGAAUUAUUGAACUCUAAAAGGUAUAGGCUCUCGCAUGGCCUGGCACUAACGAUGCCUAUCUCAUGAGGGACGAAACCUCUAAGUAAAUUUUGUUACGUUGUGUCGGAGCUCUCAACUUUACCAUUUAUUAUUGUUGUUCUCUAUCAUUGGAUCCUUCGUCUCGCAUUGUAUCCUUCCUCCCGCUGGAUCCUUGUUCCCGUUGGAUCUUCCGUCCCUGCUUGGACCCAAGUUUAGGUUGAAUACUUGUUCACGGUGUCACGUGACCCGAUUGGAUCCUCCUUCUCGUUGGACCGUUACGAUCGUUGGACCCUCGAGCCACAAGCGGCAGCGAGCUAGACUAGAAGGUCGAGUAUCGCCCCUGGCGAUGGAACUCCCCACUCAUCAUCAUUUAAAUAAAGUUCUUGUUGUUAUUGUCUUGCCGCGGGGUGGGAAAAAGCCGCUAUUCGUUGAUAGCGCAACGCACGAUUUUUAGCGGUAUGCUACACAUUUUGGACCAAUCGGACGCGGUCCAGCGGAGACGGCAUGAAUGCACACGGCAUGCUGAAGGCGAUUCCGCACGUCGCAUCUCUGCCGCAUGUGGGUACGGGCCCUUACGAGACGUUCGCAGGGAGAUAGGACAGAAAUAUCAAAUCACACGAACUCCUAUACAAUGCCCGCUUGUCGGGAUUUAAUUACUUAACUACUGAAAACGUACGUUUUGGGAGUAAUGCACAGGCAAAAAAUAUCCGCUAUAUUAACAAGGGUUCAAGCUUGUUUAAGCAUUGACCGUCAUUUCCGAUGUCAAUAUCUCAGAUUACCUAAUUCUCGUCGAGUAAAUAUUACGUGCGCUCCGUUUGCAAUGGAGUGUGUUACGCACAGCACAAGGUGCCAGAGGUUCUACGCGAUUACCGCAUCUGUUGCCAUGCAAAGGUGUAUAAUCUAUCUGUCUUCUCAGAUACAGGCUACAGGGGCACAAGUAAAAAGUUAACGACUCUGAGUUCCACGAUGCUAUCAGCCAUCACCGGAGUAAACCCGCAUACAGCCAUUACGGACAAGACAAUCAGUGUGCCCUACAGAACGAUACGCCCACGUCCACGGAAUAUUCUGGUGUGCGUGAUCGGAGACCCAAGUCUGACCACCGACACUGUAGUUCCACCCGCGGGCCUGUGUACCUUCUACUUCUACCGUCCAGUGGAGACGCCUACACCGUUUGGCAAAAGCUCCUUUGGCUGGCAAUGGAUUCUGAACCUCGCCAGCAACCAACCUGCUGCCAGCAAGUAUGGAGUUGAUAUCAGUGAAAGGCAUGUCGAUCUUUGGAACACACAUCUCUUGAACCAGGCGGACAGGAAUGUAAUUAGCACAUACAAGUCAUCCGGGGUUGUCAGCUACUCAGUUUUUGACACGAUGCUUGCAUGCGAUCGAACGCAUGAUGCCACAACGGACAUCAUCAAAGUCCUCAAGACCUUGCACGGCAUACCAGGAUCGCGCUCCCCCCAAGCAGGCCAAGAUACCCUCGACGUUAUAAUGAUAGGUGUUUCACCAUUACGUUCUGCUGCAAAGACGUGUGGUCAGAUUUUGAGGGACCACGUUCUUCGGCUCGUCAGAAAACUGAAUCCGUACGCGGUAUUGUUUAGAAGUACAUACAUGGCGCCACCGGAUUGCAUCCAACCAGCCUGCACGCCUAUCUGCAAGCUCCCUGGCAUGUCGAUCUGGAACGGUAGCGAGAUUGAUGACCAGCCGUCUAUGGUGGACGCACUGGAAUUCAAGGGUAGCGUCUUCUUGCCGUCAAGUACGCUACCUAUGCUUUCAUUCAGCCCACGAGGGCGCAUGAUACGGAUGCCAGGAUGCUACCUAUGUGAGUGGAGUGAAGGCCAACGCAACAUACCCAAGUGCACGCAAGCCUACAGCAUGAGAACUGCUACAUAUGUUUGCACAGACGGCUACAGAUACUGUGAGCUUCACACGCAUGGCGUGCAGCGCUCAAAGGACAUCCACGGGGUGCAAGAACUCUCGCGCAGCAUUAAUUUUACUAGGAUACUCGCAUACGAAACCAACGCAACGCUAACGUUUAAGAUGUGCAACGCAGCAAAACAAUUUGGCUUCGACGGAAGCUGGGUUAUCUUCGACAUGGAAUACCUAGAUACGACGAAUGUCUGCAGCGACCAGGUCUUUGCUGACAGCUUCGCCAUCGUGCAUUGGGUUAAGAAACACAUGGAAAGUAACUUCUACACGUGCGAUGGGAUUUGGUCGUCUUCACUCACCGAAUUUCAUGACUCGAUCACUUGUGCAAGGCGUGGAAGAUGAUUGUGGAUAUAUGGAUACAAAUUUGAUAGAAAACGAUGCUGCUUGCUUA